AAUAAGCAUAAGCUCUGAUGGCCAGCAGCUCCCCCUUCUUCCUUCUUCUGGUUCGGGAUUAGCAGGAAGAGCAGAGCAACCGUACUCGACCUCGGCUUCACUCCGCUGAGCCAUAACAAACUCCGCCAUGCUCCGCCUCCUCCACCCCUUCGCAUGGCUUCUUCCUCAACGAGCCCGCCUUCCCUUCACCGAAGCCUUCCCCUCAUCACCUCCGGUUUCCACCUUCAAUCUCUCAACUACUCAUUCAGGAACCAGCGGAAGCUCAUCGUCCAUUUACACCGCCAGAGCAAGUGGGGGGCAAGGUUCCAGCAGUACCCAGAACUUGAAGAGAGAGGAGAGCGGAGGAAUUUACGAUUUCGGUGAAGAUGAAGACGAAGAAGGGGAAGAGGAUGAAUUCUCGUCGAGGAGUGGAUUUAAAGGGAGAGAGGAUGAGCGGAAUUACGACAAAGAUCCUGAGUUUGCGGACAUCCUUGGGAGCUGUCUCGACGACCCACAGAAAGCUCUGACCAAAAUGGAGGAUAGAUUGAGAAAGAAGAGGAACAAGAUAUUGCAUGCUAAGACUGGUUCGGCAUUACCCAUGAAAGUGAAGUUCAACAAAUUUGAUUUCUCAAACUCGUACAUUUGGUUCGAAUUCUACAAUGCUCUGAUGGAAAAGGAUAUUUCCUUAAUUUGUGAUACAAUCCGAUCUUGGCACAUUGUCGGCCGUCUUGGUGGCUGCAAUUCCAUGAAUAUGCAACUGUCGCAGUCUUCUCUGGACAAAAGACCAAAUUAUGAUGCCAUUCAGGGGGCAAAUGUAACACCGACCACAUUUUACAACAUUGGGGACCUUGAGAUUCAAGACAACCUUGCACGCAUAUGGGUUGAUAUUGGGACCAGUGAACCGUUGCUACUUGAUGUUUUGAUAAAUGCGUUGAUCCAAAUGAGCUCAGAUUAUGUUGGAAUAAAGCAGCUGGUGUUUGGUGGAUCUGAGUUUGAGACGUGGAAGGAGAACCUGACUUCAGAAGAUGCAGGCUACAGCACUCACAAGAUUUAGUGGGAUUUACUGAUGAGUUAGGAAGGACAAAUGAAAAUCAAUGUAGGAUAGUUUAGCUUCAUGCUGUGUCUUUUAUAGGCUUGCCGUGUCACCGGAAAUGAUGUUCUACUUGGAGGAACCCAGGUGUGAAAGUGAGUAAAAUCGCGGAAAGAAGGUCAAAGGAGACUCAAGAAGAGCAAAAGGUCUUGCAUUGGUGUAUUCUCAUGAUUUGGUCAAUGUUUUAUCUUUGUAAAACAAUUUCUCAAGAUAUAAGAUGCAUCAUAUUUAUAGCGAUUAUUUAUAUGAAUAAUUGGUGGCUAAU